ACGGAGGACAAACACAUGACGUACCCAAGAGCGAUCAGAACGCAAUCAUGAUCCACUUGUUUGAUCUCUCCGGGGACCAGUUGCCAUGGUAACCCAGGAUAACCCCCCGACCCCCACACCCCCCGGUGGCCACUUGGCUGGCCGCGUGCACCGCGCUGCAGUGAGUCACGAGCGGACUAUGAAGAUGACGUCACGUCACCCGAACUGACCGUGCAGUCGAACAUGGGCGACGUCGAGUGAGUGACAGCUGCCGAACGAGCCGUCCUUGCACGCGCAUCAGAUGGACGCGUGUCUCCGUGUUGGACGCUGGACGUCCUGUCACCCAGGACCACCUCAGUGAAAAGCGGUCCCGUGUCGUCGUCACAGGAAGUGACGUCACAAUCCCCGCCGUCGCCGCUUCCUGCUUCCGACAGCCAAUAGGAUGAGCCAAGCAAAGAAGGCGGUGCCAAGUCAGGAGAUGGAAGGCAAGGUGCAGACGUGGGCUCAGUCGCUGGUUUACACGCUGGAGGAGCUGGAGUGUAAAAUCUGUUACAACCGCUAUGACACUCGCAGCCGUAAACCCAAACUGCUAGCGUGUCUGCACCGAGUCUGCGCCAAGUGUCUGAAGAGGAUGGUGGACAUGGGCGAGUCCUCCCCAUCCAUCAUCAGCUGCCCUUUCUGCCGCCACGAGACCCGCGUCCCAGAUGAAGAGGUGUGGCUGAUAGAGGACGACCGACACAUCCUGGCGGUCCUGUCGUGUCAGGACCGAGCACGUCGGGGGGGUCACGGCGAGGUUGUGCUGAGUCCCAGCGGGCUGACAGGUGCCGACUCGGCGCAUCGCUCCUCGGACUGCCUCGUCAUCACCAUCAUGGAGCUGCCUGACGACUCGCCGUCAUCGGACUCACUGAGCGUGCUCAACGUGGUGGGUCUGUACCGCCCCUCCAGCCUGGACUCGCUGCCCUGCAACCUGCCUGCUCAAAAGUGUCGCGCCUGGACGUCUCACAGUUUCCCCCGCUGCCUGCUGGGGGCGCUGUGUCUGGUUUACUUCAGCUCGUUACCUCUGGGCAUCUACCUGCUGAUGAUCGGCCACAUGUGGUUGGGCGUGGUCCUAGUCAGCCUGGUUCCGUCCACGCUGCUGCUGCUUGUCCUCUACGGCUUCUGCCAGUGUCUCUGCCAAGAGGUCACGGAGGCGCUCACCGCACGCAGAGGCACGCUGCCGUGACGUUGACAAACAAUGCGCCGCCGCCAACUUGGCAACUUCAUGAUGCUGCCAGCCAAUCAGAGAAGAUGCCUUCAGGACAACGGGAAGCAGACUGUCAUUCAUUCCAAAAUGUGUCUGAGCCAUCAAUCGUUAAACUUCAUUCGUUGUCGCUAACUUAGCAGAAGUGUUGCAAGAAGACUGCUAGCUUAGCUUAGCAUAAAGACAGGAAGUUAGCUUGGCGAUGUGAUUGACACGUCGUAUGUUUACAUAGGAAACUUAGCAGUAUCAGCUCAGGAGGUAACGCUAGCAGUGUACACUUCAGUAUUAAACAAGAGCGCUAGCUGCUAACCUUUGUGCUAAGCUAAGCUAAACAGUGGAUCUUCACCUGCAACAAUUCACUGCUUGUUUAUGUGCAAUAUAAAUAGAAUAAAACGAAAUAAUAACAUUUAUAUUGAGUUGGAAUUUAUUUUU